CCGGGUUCGAUUCCCGGCAUCGGAGUUUUUUUAUGUAGGCUAAACUAUAUGAAAACCUUGGGCCUUACUGGGCCAAAAGCGAGGACAUUUUUUUGGGCAUGGCCUGUUUUAAAACUUUUAGGGUUUAUUCGAAGUAUAAACGCUGUGUCUUCUCAGUUGUGUGGCUUCUCUUCCUUUGCCGCACUUGCUUUGCUUCUCCUCAGUGUUUGAAUUUAGAAGAUAUCGUCUACUUGAAUUCAAGAUGCAGAACGAAGAGGGUCAGGUCACGGAACUCUACAUUCCUAGGAAAUGCUCUGCUACUAACCGGAUGAUCACAUCAAAGGACCAUGCCUCGGUGCAACUCAACAUUGGUCAUUUAGAUGCUGAUGGCAUCUACACCGGUCAAUUCACUACCUUGGCUCUCUGCGGUUUUGUUCGUGCCCAGGGAGACGCUGACAGUGGAGUGGACAGGCUGUGGCAGAAGAAGAAGGUCGAAGCCAAACAAAUCUAAAGAGAGUCUUAUUAAGCUGUCUUUUACUCUGUUCUGGAUGUUGUUACUUAAUUCAAAAAUGAUCAUCGGACAUACUGAAGUAAUGAUGAUAUUUGCUUUUGACUCUUGGUUUUAAUGCUUCUUGUGCACUGGCUUGUUCUGAUU